AUGCCCUCCUCCGACUCCGGCGAAAGCCGUCGAUCAGCCAAGCCUCACAACACUUCCCUAGCCCCACCGCCGGCCGAGCAAGAGCACCUGCCAUGCCCUCCCUGCGACUCUACUAAUACCAAGUUCUGCUACUACAACAACUACAACUUCUCCCAGCCUCGCCACUUCUGCAAGUCCUGCCGCCGCUACUGGACCCACGGCGGCACUCUCCGUGACAUCCCCGUCGGCGGUGGAAGCCGUAAAAACGCCAAGCGCUCUCGCACCGUUCCUUCAGCCUCCACCGCCACAACCUCCUCCUCCGGAGGUGCGGCCGUCACCUCGGUUUCUUCUGUGACCCCGCUCACCAUGGUUCCCGUGGCCGGGAACAACCACCCCGGAGCACCCGUGCAGUUCGGUGGAGUAGUUGUGGAUGGUGAAGCAAAGGGUAAUAACGUGAGCUUGUGCGGUGGGAGCUUCACUUCGUUGCUGAGCAACACACAGCAGGGUCCUGGUGGGUUUCUGGCUCUGGGUGGGUUUGGGCUUGGUCUUGGGCCUGGCCUCGAAGAUGUUGGAUUUGGGAUGGGGAUGGGGAGAGGCGGUUGGGCUUUCCCGGGCGUGGUGGCGGACGGAGGCAGCAUUGGCGGCGGUGUUGCGGGAUCCGGUGUUGGGCACACGUGGCAGUUUGAAGGCGGCGAUCAAGGUGGCUUUGUUUCUGGAGACUGCUUCCCUUGGCCGGGACUAGCCAUUUCCACACCCGGAAAUGGUCUCAAAUAAAGAUAAACAAAAACCUCUUUUUUGGUUUAUUUUGUUUUGGUUUGAUUCCCUUCAGGUUUAAAUCUAGGGUUACGUACUUAAUGUUUAAGGGAAUCAUGGUAUAUCUUCUACUUCGCUUUAUGUUAAACUUAUUAGAGAUAGUUAAAAUGAGGUGUGUGAUUGUAUUGGUUUGCUUUCGGAUGACCUGACCUGUGUGUGUGUAUUCCCUUUGGCGUGUGUAUUACGCUUUGCUAGUCUUUCUCUUCUCAGUUAAUGUCUUUUGCUCUUUGAUUUCUACCAUUAUUUUAAUUUUUAAGAGAUAUAUGCCUAUAA